CCGGAAGUGCUUGUCCAUUGAUAGAACUGGUUUCCGUAGGAGAGAUGUUGGAAGGAUAGUCGAUUUGGUGCUAAAUUUUCCUGCACAGUGGAUGAAUAACCACGACUGUAUUUUUGAGAUCAUCUUUAUUUAAAACAUAUGAGUGAAUGAGAGCUGCUCGAUGUGACUCUGGCAGCCGUCGACCAUGAGUAAUAGCCACCCUCUGCGUCCACUGGCCUCCGUGUCGGAGAUCGACCACAUCCAUCUGCUGUCGGAGCAGCUGGGAGCCCUGGUGCUGGGUGAGGAGUACAGCGAUGUCACCUUCAUUGUGGAGGGGAAGCGCUUCCCGGCGCACCGGGUCAUACUGGCAGCUCGCUGCCACUACUUCAGGGCCCUACUGUAUGGUGGGAUGAAAGAGUCCCAGCCCCAGGCGGAGGUGUGUCUAGAGGAGACGCGGGCUGAAGCCUUCUCCAUGCUGUUACACUACCUGUACACGGGCCGGGCCAGUCUCAGCUCGGCCCGGGAAGAGGUGCUGCUUGACUUCUUGGGCCUUGCUCACCGCUAUGGCCUCCAGCCACUGGAGGACUCUACUUCUGAAUUCCUCCGCACCAUCCUGCACACCAAUAACGUCUGCUUGGUCUUUGACGUGGCCAGCCUUUACUCUCUGAGCGCACUCAGUGCAGCCUGCUGUGCCUACAUGGACAGACACGGACCUGAAGUAUUGAAUUCUGACGGCUUCCUCAUGCUCUCCAAGACUGCUCUGCUGACUGUGGUCAGGCGAGACUCGUUUGCUGCCAGUGAGAAGGAGAUCUUCCAGGCCUUGUGUCGUUGGUGCCGACAGCACGUGGAUGGGGCUGACACCAAGGAAGUGAUGGCAGCAGUGCGGCUGCCGCUCAUGACCCUGACAGAGAUGCUGAACGUGGUGCGACCGUCUGGCCUAUUGAGCCCGGACGACUUACUGGACGCUAUCAAGACCCGCUCUGAGAGCCGCAACAUGGACCUGAACUACCGCGGCAUGCUUAUCCCAGAGGAGAACAUUGCCACCAUGAAGUACGGAGCUCAGGUGGUGAAAGGGGAGCUGAAGUCUGCGCUGCUGGACGGAGACACCCAGAACUACGACCUGGACCACGGCUUCUCCAGGCAUCCCAUCGAGGAUGACGGCCGGGCCGGGAUCCAAGUCAAACUUGGCCAGUCGUCUAUCAUAAACCACAUCCGCCUACUGCUGUGGGACAGAGACAGCCGGUCUUACUCCUACUACAUUGAGGUAUCUAUGGAUGAGCUGGACUGGGUGCGUGUUGUGGACCAUUCAAAGUAUCUCUGCCGCUCUUGGCAGAACCUGUUCUUCACACCACGAGUUUGCAGGUACGUUCGCAUUGUGGGAACACACAACACAGUCAACAAGGUCUUCCACCUCGUGGCUUUUGAAUGCAUGUUCACCAACCGCUCAUUUACCCUAGAGAACGGACUUUUGGUGCCCAGUGAGAAUGUGGCGACCAUUGCAGCGUGCGCCAGUGUUGUUGAGGGCGUAAGCCGUAGCAGAAACGCCUUGCUCAACGGGGACACACGCAACUACGACUGGGACUCCGGUUACACCUGCCAUCAGCUGGGCUCUGGAGCAAUCGUCGUCCAGCUGGCUCAGCCCUACUCCAUAAGCUCCCUGAGGCUGCUGCUGUGGGACUGUGACGAACGCUCCUACAGUUAUUACAUUGAAGUAUCCACCAACCAGCAGCAGUGGACGAAGGUGGUCGACCGCACCAGGAUGGCAUGUCGAUCAUGGCAGACAUUGAAGUUUGAUAAGCAGCCUGCUUCCUUCAUCCGUAUUGUUGGGACUCACAACACUGCUAAUGAGGUGUUCCACUGUGUUCACUUCGAGUGUCCGGCCCAGCUGGACACAGAGGUUAAUGAAGGCAGCCCAGGCCUGGACUCCUCUGAUUCUGGAGCCAUCUCCCAGCAGCAGCAUCGACCCCAACGACCUUCACGCACACACAGCCUGCUGCCCUCCCAGCCCUCUUCAUCCUCAUCAUCUUCCUCACAGUCCCAUCAUUAAGAGACCCCUCACUCCCUUAUUGGAAGGUGUUGAGAGGAAGGGAGACCUCAGAAUGCCAUUUUGCACAGCCUUCAUCAUUAAGACUGCACUGCUACAACGCUGCUAAAGGCAGUCGUCUCAUUGUCAUAAACCAUGAUCCGUCUGUCAUAAGUGCAACAUUAGAGACUGGUAUAUCUGUAGCAGCAUUUAGGGCUCCAGUCUUCCCACUUUUGAAACAAAAAGUUAGGUGUUACAUCCACUGGCUCAUACAUUUUUGUGAAGGUACUUUCUAGCUACUCAAGACUCGAGUUUUUUCCUUAAAAAAUCAUCAAAGUGGAAUCUUUUCUUCUCCAAAGAUGAGGAACACUGAAAUGUGGUUAUACUGUACCACCAAAGAGCAGUAAGACCAGGGUAGGGGGGGUUGAUAUCUGAAUUUUACGGGUUAACGUUUCCCAAAAAAAAGGUGCAUUUUAUCCUUAUAAAAAAGCUAUUUUUUUAAGAAACUUGUCUUAAAACGACUACUCACUUUUCAUACCAUCAAGCUAACAGAGUAGCAUUUAAGUAUUUUUCAAAGUUUGGAAUUCAAUUCUUCAAAUAUUUGCCAAAGCUGUCGAGCUAAUGCAUUUCUUGGCAUUUAUAUGCAAUUUGCACUUAAUCCAAUUAUGCAUUUGCAAAUUAAAUAAUAGCUGUUGAUUAUUUGUUAACAGGCUUUGACACCCGAAACCAACAUCGGUGAUCCUUAUCUGGCGUGACUUUUUUGUAGUUAAAAUUCAUACCUCGGGGAAAAAAAACUCACUAUAACUAAACUUAGAUUUAAGUGAGUCACUUAAUUUAGCGUUUUAAGAGCUUGAAUAGCUUAGCACAAAUGAUUGGGGAAAUCACUUAGGUUGGGAAAAUUGGGGCUGAGGGUCUCGGACCAAAUUAUGUAUGCACUAGGGCUGCUGGGAUGAAAGGUUAUAUACAGUAGAUACACGAGCAGCUGCUAUUGGCACUUUAUUUUACUCAAGUACACAGAAAUAAAGGUUGCAGCUUGGGUCUCCUGACUGAAGUACAGAACUGAAGUGCUCGAUAUCUGUAUGUUAAUUUAAUUUAAACACUUCCUCGCUCUGUCAGGAUCGGCCAGGUUUGUCUUUUGUGUUUUUUUUUUUGUUGUUUUUUUUUUGGAGGUUUGUUUUUAAAUUAAGCUCAUCAGUGCUGUGGUUCCUGUUUGUUUCUUUUGUGUCCUGAUGUUGCACUUUUGAGUUGUUUGUCUUGAAAAAUCUUCAAACCUUUUUAUUUGAUGUUAAGUAACCUGAAAUACCUAACUACCUUGGGCGACCCACUGAUGUUUCUAUAAGCCUUCUUUAGUCAUCCACAUCUACAUUAUAGAUUACCCAUAGUUGGAUAAAGUCUUCCUUAAGAACUAACCAGAUAACUGAAAUAGGGCUUUGUUCAGGUUACAUUGUUUAUGUAGAGGAAACACUCCCCAUCCCCCAUCUAACUUUAUGUAUGUAUAUAGUUUUACUUAAUAUAUAUAUAUAUUAGUUUUGACCAUUGACGUGUGAUUGCAUUUCACUGCCUCUUGUUCAAUACAUUGCCUGUCAAAAAUGUGAUUAUGGAAACAACUGACAUUGUUUAAUAAUGUUCAUUGCUGUGAGGGGUCACACCCGUCUGCUUGCCUGAAUCGCUGCUGUUUAACACAGCGGAAGUCUUUGAUACAAGCAAUACAGUGAUCUCUAUCUUCUGUUGAGCCUGGAGUCUCUUUUACAGACCAACAAUGCUGAUUGAUCAGUCAAGAUCUAUUCAUCAUGCUCCAGGCUCCGAUGCCCUGGUAGCUCUUCUUUAGGCAAUGUCGAUGUGUAAUUCGUCCCAAGGAGCUGUUUUAUUGUCAUGAAACAUUUAAAAACAUCUCAUUUUGAAGUUCAA